CCUUCCCUUUGCCGCCGCUGCCGCCGCCACUGCGGCCGCCAGAGAGCAAGCCUGAGAGCGCCGGGCUCCGUAGAACGAUGCUCUGGCUCCUGAGCUGCUUCCGAGGAGCUCGGGCUCAGCCGCUCCUCUCGCCCGGGCUAACCUUUGCCGCCUGGCUCUGGUUGCACCACCUGGGACCUCCCAUGGCACUGGCUUCCUCCUUCCUGACAGGCUCUGUUGCAAAAUGUGAAAAGGAAGGAGAAGUUCUACAGAUCCCCUUUAUCACAGACAAUCCUUGCAUAAUGUGCAUUUGCCUGAACAAGGAAGUGACUUGCAAGCGAGAGAAGUGUCCAGUACUUUCAAAGGAGUGUGCUCUAGUCGUAAAGCAGAGAGGAACCUGCUGUGAACGCUGCAAAGGUUGCAGUUUUGAAGGAAAUUCAUAUAACAGCUCAGUGUCAUGGCAGACCCCAGACAAGCCUUGUAUCAUGCACCAAUGCCAGGAAGGAGUGAUAACUGAAGCUGAGAUUCAGUGCAUUGUUCAUUGUAAAAAUCCUUCAAAGCAGCCAGGAAUAUGUUGUCCCACAUGUCCAGGUUGUAUGUUUGAAGGUAGACAUUACUAUGAAGGUGAGGAAUUUCAGCCUGAAGGAAACAAAUGCAUCACAUGUGCUUGUAUUGGUGGCAGGACACAGUGCAUACAAGAAGUGUGCCCCAUUCUUUCAUGUCCCCAGCAUCUCAGUCACACUCCGCCUGGAAAGUGCUGCCCAAAAUGUUUAGGACAGAGGAAAGUGUUUGAUCUUCCAUCUGGAAGCUGCCUCUUUCACAGUGAUGUUUAUGACAAUGGAGCCUCCUUUGUGUACGACAACUGUACUAAAUGUACCUGCAGGGAUUCUACUGUGGUGUGUAAAAGGAAGUGCUCACCACCUAGAGACUGCCUCAGAGCUAAAGGGCAGUGCUGCAAGGAUUGCAUCUCCUACAUGUCCCCUGAGGAAACAAGAGUGUGCAAGUUUGGGAACAAGCUCUUCUGGGAUGGAGAAAUGUGGUCCUCUGUCAACUGCACCAUUUGUGCUUGUGUGAAAGGCAAGACACAAUGUCACAAGAAGCAGUGCAUUCCAGUCAGCAGCUGCCCUCCUGGAAAGAUCCUCAACCGAAAAGGAUGUUGUCCCAUUUGCACUGAAAAGCCUGGAGUUUGCACUGUAUUUGGAGACCCUCACUACAACACUUUUGAUGGACGGACAUUUAACUUUCAGGGAACAUGUCAGUAUGUUUUGACAAAAGACUGCUCCUCCCCUACCUCACCCUUCCAGGUGCUGGUGAAGAAUGAUGCUCGGCGAACUCGCUCUUUUUCCUGGACAAAAUCUGUAGACCUUCUGCUAGGCAGUAGCACCAUCAGCCUACAUCAGCACCUCACUGUAAAGCUGAAUGGGACACGGAUAUCCCUACCAUACGAAACACUGCACUUCCACAUCGACUUGGAAGGGUAUCUGUUGAAAGUGACAACUAAAGCAGGACUGGAAAUUUCUUGGGAUGGAGACAGUUUUGUUGAAGUCAUGGCUGCACCACAUCUUAAGGGCAAGCUAUGUGGUCUGUGUGGCAACUACAAUGGACACAAGAGAGAUGACUUAAUUGGAGGUGAUGGACAUUUUAAGUUUGAUGUGGAUGACUUUGCAGAAUCCUGGCGAAUGGAAUCAAAUGAAUUCUGUACGCGUCCUCCAAAGAAACAGUUUCCUGAGCUGUGCCAAGGAACAGUGAGGAUAAAACUUCGUGCCCAUCGGGAAUGCCAGAAACUCAAAGCAUGGGAUUUUCAGACUUGCCACUCAACUGUAGACUACACUAUGUUUUAUCGGUCCUGCAUAACAGACAUGUGUGAGUGCCCUGGUCAUAAAAACUGCUACUGUGAGUCCUUCUUAGCCUAUGCCAGAGCUUGUGAGAGGGAAGGCCUGAAAGUCCACUGGAAACCUCAACAAAACUGUGCUGCAACCCAAUGCAAGCAUGGUGCGGUUUAUGAUACCUGUGGUCCCGGAUGUGUAAAAACCUGCGACAACUGGAAUGAGAUUGGGCCCUGUAAUAAGCCAUGUAUUGCAGGAUGCCACUGUCCUGCAAACUUGGUUCACCACAAGGGAAGAUGCAUCAAACCUAUUCAGUGUCCACAGCGGUGACAUUCGACAUCAUUCCCAAGGACUUUGAAAUUGGUAUCUCUGGUACCUUUGCAAAACUCACAACCAAUGGACUGCACUCUUGGCAGACUUUGCAAUGCGUUCUCAUAAAGGGUGGAUACGUGUGUGCCUAUAUAUUUAUAUGUGUACAUGGAAAUAUAUAUUACUACAAGCAUGUAUGCAGGUCUGGGUUCAUACAUGAUACAUGUGUGCAUUUAUAGGAAUCGUGUCACAGUCAACGUUCCCUCUAAUUUUCAGUCCAACUGGGUGGGGCUCUGCCCCUUGUGCAUGCAAGUGACUCUGCCCCUCAUGGAGUUCUGUUGCAACCAGAACCAAAGGGGCUGAAAACGAUUGCUGUGGGUGCACAGGGGAAGAGGAGCCCUGCCCGGAGGGGGACAGAGUUGCCCACGCCUGCGCACACUUUAGAGGGAACCUGGGUGUCAGUGUAUGCCAGGAAAAAAAAGAGAUGUAAGGAGUUCAGUUGCUGAAUUCAUGACAUUGCAGGAUGAAGGAAAUAGUAGAAGGAUUUGUCACCUGACAACACAGCACUGUAUGAAUGCCUGACAUGAUGAAACUUUAGACCAAAUCCUGAACCCAACAUACUCCUGCAGAUCAUCCUUCAUUUCUAUGACCUCAGCUCAAUAGAUGAAAUGUAUACAAGCCCCUCUCCCAUUACCCAUUAAACCACUUUCUCAUCCAGGUAAGUGAAGAAGGGAACUCUCUCUCUCUCUCUCUCUCUCUCUCUCUCUCUCAAUCUUCUCUCUUUCAUUUU